CAAUUUGGGGCCCAAACAAGAUGCCCUAGUGAAGCACUUUCGCAUACCUUCUUUCCUUUAUAAAUUCCAUCAAACCUCAUCUUUUGCAUUCCUGGCAGCAGCCGUCCCUCAUCCCUCCAGCCAGGACUAGCCAUAAGAGCAAUGGCAAUUCAUCCAUGCCUUCCACUUCUCCUAAUGCACAUUGUUCUGGCUCCUCAUGCAUUUGCUUCUCCAUCCCCAGUUCAGGAUCCUGAACUAGUUGUACAAGAAGUGAAUGAGAGCAUCUUCAAUGCAUCCAGAAGGAACCUCGGCUUCCUCUCCUGUGGGACGGGCAAUCCAAUCGACGACUGCUGGAGGUGCGACCCCAACUGGGAGAAGAACCGGCAGCGGCUCGCCGACUGCGCCAUCGGGUUCGGCAAGCAUGCCAUUGGGGGCCGGGACGGCAAGAUCUACGUGGUCACGGACCCAGGCGACGACAACCCCGUGAACCCCAAGCUCGGGACGCUGAGGCAUGCAGUGAUCCAGAACGAGCCCCUAUGGAUCGUGUUUGCCCGGGACAUGGUGAUAAGGCUCAAGGAGGAGCUGAUCAUGAACUCGUUCAAGACGAUUGACGGCCGGGGCGCGAGCGUGCACAUUGCGGGCGGGCCGUGCAUCACCAUACAGUUCGUGACCAACAUCAUCAUCCACGGCCUCAACAUACACGACUGCAAGCAAGGAGGGAACGCGUACGUGAGGGACUCGCCGGAUCACUACGGAUGGAGGACCGUCUCGGAUGGUGACGGGGUGUCGAUAUUCGGAGGGAGCCACAUCUGGGUGGACCAUUGCUCUCUCUCCAAUUGCCGUGACGGGCUGAUCGACGCCAUCCGUGGAGCCACUGCCAUCACCCUCUCCAACAAUUACUUGACUCACCAUAACAAGGUCAUGCUCUUAGGGCACAGUGACAGUUACACUCAAGACAAGAACAUGCAAAUCACCAUUGCCUUCAACCACUUUGGGGAGGGGCUAGUCCAGAGGAUGCCCAGAUGUAGACAUGGGUAUUUCCAUGUGGUGAACAAUGACUAUACUCAUUGGGAAAUGUAUGCGGUCGGUGGCAGUGCUGCACCCACAAUCAAUAGCCAGGGCAACAGAUUCGUUGCUCCAGACGACGCCUUUAACAAGGAGGUGACUAAGCACGAAGACGCGCCGCAGAGCGAGUGGAAGCACUGGAAUUGGAGGUCGGAGGGAGAUCUGAUGAUGAACGGGGCCUUCUUCACAGCCUCCGGAGCCGGCGCAUCCUCGAGCUACGCGAAGGCCUCGAGCUUGGGCGCAAGGCCGUCGUCCGUGGUGGGUUCCAUCACGGCGAGCGCCGGCACGCUCGGCUGCAAGAAGGGCAAGCGUUGUUAAAUCAAUUAAUCCCAUUGACGGAUUAGUGAUUACCUUAAUCUGGCCUUUAAUUAAGGAGCUUUGCUUGGGGGUUUAGUAAUGGGAUUGACUGCCAAAAUGGGGGGAAAAGUGGAUGGAAUGGAACAAGGGAAGGAAGGGCAAGGAAAAUAACAAUGGCAACUGUAAUUAAGACAAGAAUUAUAGUGAUAAUGCUUAUAUCUCAAUUCAUAUUUAAUCUAA